AUGGACACCUCGAUGCAGUGGAAGGCGAUGAAGUUGCUCGGCAAACACAUCAAGCAGCCGUACUUCCUUCGCCCAUCCAGCAAGGGCUCAAAGGGCGGCGAAACCACAGGGCCCUUGCCCGGGGAGGACGUUGCUGGGCAUGGCGGCAACGACGGCAUCAUGUACCUGGCGGCACUGUACGACGUAUGGGCGCCCGGAGAUGCCCAUGUGGCGGGGGCGGGAAGCGAGCCAAUGUACACCUACACAGUUCUGACCACUGACAGCUCGGAACAGCUGCGAUGGCUGCACGACCGCAUGCCUGUGCUGUGUCAGACGCCACAGGCGAGAGACCUGUGGCUCGGGGACGCAGUGUCCCCGGGCCCGGACAUCGCGAGUGCUCUAAUGAACGCGGCAGAGGAUGGGCGGCGACAGCCCCUUCGAUUCGAAUGGUGGCCCGUGACGCUGCAGCUCAACAGGAUUGGCGCAGUCGAUGGGCCACAGUGCGUGCAGCACUGUGCGCCCGGCGGGGUGAAGCCAUCAAGGCGCGGGAAUGUGUUGAAUAUGCUCUUGAGCGAGUCUCCCGCAAGAGAGACAGCACAUGCCACCCCGAGACGCCAUGACACGAGCGAGCACGUCGCCGCAGCACGCCCGGAGCAGAAGGACGAGAUGCAGCCGCUUGAGUCGCAGCCAGACGCGGAAACGCAGUCGCCAAGGCCAAACCUGCCGCGGCACCCACUGUUGGUACUCAAAGAUGAGGAGGCAAGGGAGCCGAGUGAGGCGCAGGCAGGGGUUUGCGCUGCGGACAAACAAGACGGCGCCGCGACAGAGGGCGAGAAGAAGCAGAGCAGCGCGAAGAAGCGGGACAGGCAGGAAGAGUACAUGGCCGUCACGUGGCAGUUGAGGAGGGCUGCGAAGAAGCAGGAAAAGAAGCCGCGGUGCGCUGCGCAGAAGCGAAUAGACGCCUUCUUCACGCCAAAGUGA